AUGGUUCACGAGGGUAUCAAGCGCCGCUCAGCCGCGCUCCCCGCAUGGAAUAGCCUCGUUGCGGAGAGUGCGCCGGCUGGUGCGGGCCGGAGCGUUACAGACAGGCUCGUUCACAGCGGCUGGCUCUCCCAGACCCCCUUCGCCCUCCGCGCAGCCUCCCCCGCAGUGGCCACGAAGGACGUAUCCGAUGAGUUGGAGCAUGCUACUGGACUUGAGAGGGAGGAGCUGGCUGCGGAGCUGGAGGGGAAGGAGCGUUUUGAGCUGGAACCUCCUCGCGGACCCUUCGGAACAGAGGAUGCUCCUGCGAUUGUGGAGGCUCAGUUCGACGAGCGUCUCGUUGGCUGCUCUGGCGGGAUUGGCGAGGAGGAGCAUGAUGUGGUGUGGUUCAAGCUUGCAAAGGACUCCAACCACUCCUGCAGCGUCUGCGGCCAAGUUUUCAAGCUGAAGGUCGUUGGCCCAGGAGGCAUCCCAGGCCACCACCACUGA